UGUGAUUAUCUUUCCUGUAUUGGUUUAAUGGGUUAUCAUCAAUAUUACAGGAGUGAGAGGUCAAAGGUCAUGGUACAAGUGGGUGGAUAGCAUUAUGUAGCAAAAAUAAACUUUAAAAAUAAUUGGUCAAAUAGAUACAGAAGAUGAGUGGUUCAGAAGAGAAUAAAGAUUCCAUCAAAUGUGUCUCAAUAUCUGACACACAGACCUGGGAGAAGGAGAAAAAGUUUGUGGUUUACAAGGUGGUUGUCAACAGUGGGGCAAAGUCGUGGUUCAUUUUCCGACGAUACAAUGAGUUCCAUACUUUAUUUGAAAAGGUCAAACGUAUAUGUCCCGAGGCAAAUCUGCGAUUGCCGGGAAAGAAAAUAUUUGGGAACUUGGAUCCUGAAUUUAUUCAGCAGCGGAGGGAAGGCCUCGAUGAUUUUAUCAAGAAAUUAAUUCAACACCCGAGACUGUCUCAACAUCCUGAAGUGAAAUCUUUCCUAUCAUUAGACAACCCAAGAAAUGCCCCAGACUCUUCAGAUUCUGACCUCAGUAUUGAUUCCAGUGACAGUAUGAGUAAUAAGGACAAUAACCCAAUUAACCUUGGACCCAGUGAAAAGAAAAGUGUUAAACCCAGCGACUUUGAAUUCCUGAAGGUCAUUGGCAAAGGAAGUUUUGGAAAGGUAUUGCUAGCCCGACACAAGAAUGAAGGGGGCGUGUAUGCAGUCAAGGUGUUACAAAAGCAAGCUAUCAUGAAACGGAAUGAAGUAAAACAUAUCAUGGCAGAAAGAAAUGUCCUGCUCAAAAAUGUUGUUCAUCCAUUCCUUGUGGGACUCCAUUACUCAUUUCAGACCCCAGAUAAACUCUAUUUUGUCUUGGACUAUGUGAAUGGCGGAGAGUUAUUCUUCCAUUUACAACGUGAACGUUAUUUUCCGGAAGUACGGGCAAAGUUUUAUGCAGCGGAAAUGGCAAGUGCAAUAGGGUAUCUUCAUUCCCUCAACAUUAUUUACCGUGAUCUCAAACCAGAGAAUAUUCUCCUCGAUUCUAAGGGUCACGUAGUUCUUACAGAUUUUGGUUUAUGCAAGGAAGGUAUUGAAGGAAUGGGAACAACAAAUACAUUCUGCGGAACACCAGAGUAUUUGGCUCCUGAAGUGUUACGUAAACAACCGUAUGAUAAGACGGUAGAUUGGUGGUGCCUGGGGGCCGUACUGUAUGAAAUGAUGUAUGGACUGCCGCCAUUUUAUAGUCGGGACACAGCAGAGAUGUAUGACAACAUAUUGUAUAAACCUUUACGUCUCAGGACAAAUGUUUCUGCUUCAGCUCGAUCAUUGUUAGAAGGGCUGUUACAAAAAGAAAAAGAACAGCGCCUGGGUGCCAAGAAAGACUUUCAGGAGAUCAAGAGUCACAGUUUCUUUGGUGAUAUAAAUUGGCAGGAUUUAGAUGCCAAGAAAAUUGAUCCCCCAUACAACCCUAAUGUGAGUGGACAGUUAGAUUUGCGGCACUUUGACCCUGAAUUUGUUCGAGAGCCAGUACCAGCUUCAGUUGGGAAGUCCCCUGGCUUAAACAAGAUGGUUAGUGCAAGUGUUAUGGAAGCAGACUGUAUGUUUCAGGGAUUUUCUUAUGUCCCACCAGCAGAAGAUGCAUUUAGCUGAAAAUAUCUGGGACCAGUCUAAUUUUGUGCCAGUCAGUUUUAUUGCCAAAAAUUAGAAAAACCAGUCUUACGCCUAUGCAAAAUUGUGCUAAAAGAGACAGCAUUAUGGGUAAAGUGACAAUGACACUCUUUUGCCAAAGUGAGGCUCAUGGAGUUUUAGUUUUAAAAGGAAAAGCAUGAGAAUCAAAAUGAUUAGCAUUUUGUGAUAUUGACAUCAUAUGUGAUGAUGCAGUUAGUUGUGUAUAUAGAAAUGUUCUUAUGCUGGUGAACAAUGGACAGAUGAGCAAACUAUUGACAGAUUUAUGUUUCUUCAAACAACAGAUUUAUUUUUAAAAGUUAAUUAGUCAUAUCAUGAUCAGAUGGUUUUUGUUGUUGUUUUGUUUCUUUUACAAAGUUUUUCUGCAUAUUUUCCCUUGUGUUAUGUUUUUUUGAUAUGCUGUGAUUUUGUUUUAAAACUGAACUGAUUGAAAUCAUAAAUGAUAACACACAUAGUGUCAAUGUCUUUCAGAAUACAUCAGCACACAAAUCACUCAUUGUUCAUGUCAGAAUGUAAUAAUCGCCUUUAUAAUGAUACCAACACAAAACUUACAUUCUGUGAGGCUCUCGUAAAAGCAUUGUAUUCAAACAUGUAUUUUAUUAUUACUAUUACAUGUAAUUCUGUUAAUUUUGAAUAGAAAAUACUAGAGAUAAUGAUACAAGUGGAACAAACAAUCAACACAGAAUAAGUUUUAUUUAAGUUUAUUUAGUGAUAAUAAUAAUGAUGAAAUGAAAAUAUUAAAUAUUUUUUACCUUUACUAGAAAAAGUUUGGGGUUUUUUGUCAAAGAAAAUUUACUUUAAUAGACAUUUUGUACGCAUUUGACUGAGAUAUUAUCAUAUCAGGUUUAUAUAUCACCUACUAUGUUUAAAAGUUAAUAAGACAAAUAAAGGAAAUUCAGUUAAACGUUAGCAAGGAUAUCCCUUUUUGUCAUUAUUUCUAUUGAUUAUCAAAACAGCUGUAUUAUGUGUUAUGUUAACAUAUGCUGAAUAAUAAUCUUCAUGUGUUAUGUUAACAUAUGCUGAAUAAUAAUCUACAUGUGUUCAAAAUGAAAACAUUUUAACAUUUUUUGAAAAAUGGCUGAAUAAUGUUCAUGCAUGGUGCUAUUUUUAAUGGCAUUGUUCAGUGUACAAAUGUUUGAUUUAAAGAAGAAUUAACUCACCUUUUAAUGUUUUAUUCUUAGCUAAAUUGUUACAGUUUGUAAGUGCUUAAUUAAUAAUUCUACUUGUGAAUUAAAGAUAGGGAAGACAUUUUAUAUUAUUGUCCACUUUUCUUUCUGGAAAAUAGCUGAUAAAAUACCUAGGCAUAGUUAUGGCCCUUUAGUUUUUAAGAAAGGGAGGUUGAUUAUGACAUUCCAGAUUCAUUCACAUUUUGAAAUACAUUACAUUCCUGAAAGAUCAUAUUGUAAUUAUAUUAUUGUGAUGGUAAACAAUGUUUAUGGAAACACAUACCUCAUUUUAAACUAUAAUGUUUUAUUGUAUAUAUAAGCAUCACAUUGUAUCACAUGUGUGUACUCGUGUAGUCAUCAUGUAAUCAUCAUAUAGUCAUCAUGUAUCCAGUUUGUAUGUGUGAAAUCUGUAUUACAUGAAUACAUGGUUUUAUAUGGGAAAAUUAUGAGAAAAAAAUUACAUUUUAAAUAUUCUUCGUGCAAAAAAAAUAUAGAUAGCAUAAUAUAUUUUAUUUAUAAAAAAACAUUUUUUAAUGAAAAUUAUCCCUUUUAUUGCAAUUCAAUAAUAGAUUUGAAAGUAUCUUUGGAAGACAUAAUUUUUUAUAAAUUACUUUAUUAAUUUUAAUAAAUUUUAAAAAAUUAUUUAAAAUCUGUUUGUCAAAAAUGGUUUUGUUCACAAAAUGUAAUAUAUGCCACUAGUUAGUGUGUGUAGUGGCUUGAGGGGGUUAUAUGUGUAUCAUCUUUUAAAAGCAUAAUUGUAUUUGUUUAAUUAUAUGUACAUGUAUGUAUAUACGUGUAUCUUGUCCAAAUACUUGCAAUGCAAGCAUAUUGCAUAGAGAUGUACAACUAAUUGUGAAGUUUUUCUGAAAUUAUCCUUAUACAUUUACAUACAGUUGUUUGUUUCACACAAGAAACUAAGUAAAAACAUCCAUCUUGAAGAUUUUUCAAGCUAUUUGACUACAACUUUUUUGCAAAGUGGAACAUAAAGCUUCGUAUUGUUUAUAUGAAUUAUUGUAAAAUCCAUUUUUUUCAGUUAAAUGAAAGUUUAGAUAUAUUUAUUUUAUAGAAAUUACAUGUACCAUAAGUUCAACAAUGAAUUCAGUGAAAGUCACCUUUGAAAUGCAUUAGGCUUCUAGUUGUGAGCUGUUACCCAAACUUAGUGGUUAGUGGUUAGACCAAUGCUUGGUGCAUUACUUGUAAAAAAUGACAAAACAUUGAUAACAUAACUUAUGAAAGUUAAUGUUUCUAGAGUAAUUUAUGCACAAAUUUGGGGAAGUGUCUACAUUCCAAACAACAUGAUGUUUUACAUUGUUGGCCCUAUAAAUAGAACAAGUAAGACAAUUGUGAUUAAGGUAUAACUAAACCAAUACUCAGCAUAUUGUUAACGAUCUGUUUGGAUCUUGUAUAUAUAAAAAGUUUUUGUAACAGUAUACUGAAUUAAAAAAAGUAAAAAAAUAUUUAAUUAAUGACCUUCAUUUUCUUAUACAAGUACCCAUUUAGCAGCAGUAAUGCAGUUAUUUUUUUCCACUAGAGUUACUCCCCUUUAUCUUCUGUGGUAGGGUCACAUACCCAUGCUGACCCUAAAAUAUUAGAUGGAGAAUUAUAAACUGAAAGUAAAAUGUUUUUUACUCAAAUGCUUUUUUAGUAGGAUAUUUUAUAUUAAGUUUACGCCAAGCAUUGAUCCAAUCAUUCAACUUAGAAUUUGAAAACCAGAAUUUUUUAUCCGAUUUUAUCACUUGCAGUGUUCAAUUCCGAAAUAUUUUUUAGAACAAGGGUUAUAAUUUGUUUUAUUUAACUUGUUGACCAUUUUUAACUUGUUAAUGUAUUUUUAACUUGUUAAUGUAUAUAUUGUUAUUAAGACAGUAGAGUAUUAUAAAAUCUGUUGUAUGAUAAAAUGAACAAUGCCAGUCUCUCACUGUGUCAGAACUGGCUAAAAUAUGCUAGAAAUAAAAUUGAUAAAACUAAA